GAGACUGAUCCAGGCCUUACUUUAACAUUGGAAAAUGAUUCCACUGAUACAACCUUGACCUUUGACCUGAAAAUGGUAGCCAGCGUCACGGUGACAGUGGUCAUACUUGGAGGUAAACGUUCGAUAUACAGAUUACAUUACGUAAUGACUGACUCACUUAUCUCUGCACAAGACAAUGAAGUCUUCCUUGGGAUAGGGACAGGUAAGGAUUGGACAAAAGUGACACGUGACCUUGUUGUAGAUUUACAAAAAGGACUGAUGCUGACAAGAAGUUCAAAAAAGAAGGCAAAGCUGCGAAGCACAAGAGUUCGUAGUAUUACACUACAGGGAUGGGGAUACAUAGACAACAUUACUCUGAGCUCUUCUGCACACGUGGCUCACUUUUUUGCAGUUGCUGAUUGGUUUGUCCGCCACCAAGAUGAAAAUGGCGGAUGGCCAAUCAUGGUUACACGGCGUCUUUCUCCCGGGAUGGCCGAUUUAGCUCCAGGCUGGUAUUCGGCAAUGGGACAGGGUCAGGCUAUCUCUGUACUUACUAGGGCCUUCAACAUUACAGGAAACUUGACUUAUCUCCAUUCUGCAAUGAAUGCCAUAGAGCCAUUCAAAGUGCGAUCUGAAAAUCACGGUGUAAUGACCACAUUUGCUGGAAAAUACGUCUGGUACGAGGAGUAUCCCACGACACCCAGUUCGUACGUUCUUAAUGGAUUCAUCUACUCUCUUAUAGGUCUUUAUGACCUCAAAAUGACCUGCACACACAGAGAUUGCAAAACAGCAGCCAAACUAUAUGAAGAUGGCAUGGUGUCUCUAAAGAAAAUGUUGCCUCUCUUCGAUACAGGUUCUGGGUCGGUUUAUGAUCUUCGGCACUUCUCGCUGGGAGGAGUGGCACCUAACUUGGCCCGGUGGGAUUACCACACAACUCACAUUAACCAGUUAAUGCUGUUGAGUACUUUCAAUACUGACCCCAUUUUUAAAGCUAUUGCUGACCGUUGGAUAGACUACAUGAAGGGGAAACGAGCAGCUCAUAACUGAUGCGUCUUUUUUUACAAAAUAGCUUAUUUAUGGUAAAAACAAACAUUAACACAACUGCUUACAUUGCUUGGUGAAGGAUCAUGUGCAAGUUCCUGGAGUAACAAACUAUAAAAUAAGGCUUUCAAGGUGGAUGUAAUGAGUAUUUUUAUGACGUUUACAGCUCUCAGCCAUGUCCUCUUUGAAGACCAAGAAAGAACUCCUAUAAAAAAAAAGAGAGAGAUAUUUUCUGGCCUUUUGUUAAUAACUCUGUUAUAUGGAAGAUGUAAGUUAAUCAUUCAGAUAUUUAAAAAGAAAAUUACACUACAGGAUAAUAUAAGUUCUUAACCUUCAUGUGAUAACUGAAUAAUUUCAAAAAUGGCACUUCCCAUUGAAAUUUUGUUUUGUAUAUUUUGUUCUUCGCAGAAUACUUUUUUUCUUCUUCUUUUGUACAAAGUUAUGUGAAACAGCAUGUUGCUAUGGUUAUCUUAUUUAUUUGAAUAUCUGUUGGGAUUCCUAAACUUGAGGCCUAACCUAGUCCCCCCCCCCCCAACUAAUUGGGUGAAAUUUUUUAUUUAAUUGAUUAAGUGAAGUUUAAGAAGUUAAUUUCUUAUGUAGCACUCUUGUGUCCUUUAGAAUGAAGAAGGAUUAUUAAUUAAUUAACUAAUUAGAUUAGUUUUGAAAUCAAGCUUUUCGCACAUUACACCUCAAGUAAUAGAUCUCUCAAGGUCAGCUACAAUUCAAACAGUGGCUUCAUUUCUUCUUCAUACAAGAGGGAGGGGGAAGUGUGACAGAGUUCUGUCAGUACGUAAAACACUCUCAUUAAGAAAAAACACAAAAAACAGGAUUUGGCUCUGGUAUUAUAUAUAGUUUUCCUUAAUAAAAUAUUAAAACAUGAGCAUGAAAUACUUCAGACUUAUAAUCAGGAAGUAAACCCAGAGUUAGUGGCUCACACUAGUGCUCAACUUCUGCUAAAUGUUUCCAAUGAUUGACCAGUAAAAGUACAAAACAUCGAAGAUUACAUUUUAGAUCUGCUGACUAAUACUAAUAUAAUUGUUUCACACACCAGCAUCACAGAGAAGACAGCUAGUUUAGUAAAACUAGUUCGGAUGUGGAGCUAGAUUAGGCCCUAGUGGAAUUGUGUACAAGGAAAAAUCAAAAUUUUAUUCCAAUUGGAAGAGCAGGGUAGAAAUACAAAUAAUUGUAGCGUAUUGUGAUUCGUUAAGUUGUAACAACUUAUUAUUACUUGUUUUUUUUUGUCUUAUUUUUAAAAGAUUUCAUUAACUUGUGGUCGUAAUCACAAUUUCAAUGUUUGAAGGUUUCCAUCCUUAACCUUAAGGUUAGUGUACCACGUUGAAACAGAAAAUUGUAUUUAGACUAGUUUGUAGUCUGAAUUUGGCAGUUAGUUCUUUUUUUUUUUUAUAAAUCGUGCAAAGUUGAGAAUGAAAACAACAUUAAAGCUUGCUUUUAAAUAUAGAACAAGAUUUCUAUGUCUUUAGCUGGUUAAAUAGGCCUUAUUCCACUUGUUGAUUAUGUCAAAUGUUCUUGACUUUGCUUAUAUCUUUUAGGCAUAACUUGUUUUGAAACUUUACUUUCGUGCUGAUUGAUGACCAAAAGGAAAACGACCUGUGGAAACCUUUACGACUUAAGAAUCAAAAUUUAAAUCUUUUCGUGACAAGUUUAUAUAAAUGCUGUAGUUAAGUUUCCAGUAGCCUACUUCGUUUCAUUAUUAUAAGGAAAAGCUAAUGUUCCUAAAUAGUAGAAUUACAAUCUUUGAUGUGAGUGGGUCAGCAAGCAUAAUUGUUCGUAAUGGAUAUGUCCUAGUGAAAGCCGAGUUUUGGAAUACUGUUUUAAAUAUCUUAACUUUUCGUCUGUUUAUGGUCUGAGAAAUCAUUACCUUAGUAUACUUACAGAUUGUACAUAACCAUGUAAAAGUUUCCCACAAAAAAAGUAACGGAUGAAUCAAACACUGUAUUCUACUUUUGUCUGGAACAGAACCAGUUUUUGACAUCUGUUAUUUCUAUAACUAAAAGUAUUACUUUUUUUGUUCGGAAACUAACCACAUAAUUUGGGUUUAUACGAUUUAUUAAGUUAAGAACUCUUUUUUUUUUUACCAUUGUGUAAAACAAAAAAAUCAGCUGUUGACGUACAUGCCUUUGUUACCUUAAUUUAAACUAGUCCAUAAAUGGGCAGAACAGCAUACUGACUACACAGUAGCACCUGGCUUGCUACACACACAGUUGUAUGUAUGCGUGUCAUAUAUGUACAAAACAUGUUUCAUCUAGUGUUAUGGCAUAUUCAAUAACCUAACUUUCACUGGCUUGUUCAUAUCUACUUAAUAGAAAAUCUGGUUUUGUGAGGUGGCAAGUUGUAUAAUUCUUUAGAAUACCACCCCAAAACGAACUUCUCUGUACUAAAAAAGACCACAAUGUUGUUGUUUAAACUGUAACACAUAAAGCCUAGUGUAUGAUUCUAUACUAAAAAUGGGUGUAUUAUUUGAAAUGUGAUAUUUAAUUCUAUACAAAAUAUCCAAUUUAGAGUUAUUUUUUCUUGUGAUUCAAGUUCAGUUCCUAAGAUGUUUUAUUUCAGGUCCAUUGUUGACUUAUACCAAUUUCAAGACAUGCAGUAUUUGAUCGUGAUCAUAGUUUAUUCACAUUCCUAGCUCAUGAUACAGAAUUCCCGUGUGGCUUUUUCUAAUUAUUACAGUAAUCUGUUUCUGUUUAAUGUAAUAUAUUUUAAAUAGUGCAUACAAUAUGAACCCAAGUUUUGAGAUCAUUGUGAAUUCAAUCCAUAUUUAUGGAAGCAGUAGGCUUGAAUUGUUUAAGUUUACAAGAUUAACCCUAUGAGAAUACGUGGGUGUUAAAGUGAUCGUGCCAUUUAACAUGAUGCCAGAGUUAUUCAUUCAAACCCCACCCCAUUGCUGCUUUCUCGACAUUUAGACAGUUCGUGUUAGAGUAGAGAUAAUACCAGUUAAAAGGUACAGAAACUACACGUGUAUGUGCAUGAUGGACACGAACAUCACCUUACUCUUUGACUUGUCACAGUCCAAGUUAUGCUGACUUCGUGAAUUCACGGACAUAUCUUUAAUACUUUAUUAACACCUUUGAUUUUCUGUGUACUGUUUACUAAAAGCUUACUCUAUUCUUUUGAGGAUACAUUUCACAAAUUUGGAAUUAUGGUCAAUAUUACUUCUCUACUAUGGGGUUGGUUCGAAAGUGGACGCAGUCAGUUAACAGUUUGUGUUUAGUGUUGUUGUACGUAAUGAGAAAUAUUUAACAAAACUUCGUAACAUUUUCAAACCUCGUUACUUCCUUCCAUACGUAACAAACUGAUGAUCAUGAAACUCCACGUUUAUCUGUAAUUAAGUGUACCGCACAGAAACUGGAGUGUAAAUGUUGACCGGAUAACAACUGACCAUACACUUGUGCAUCAGUGAUAAAAGCUAGUUAAAACUAAUAUAGUUAUGUAUAUUAAGAAUGAGAUGUUUAUUUCAUAUUAUCUAUUUAAGUAGAACUAAUUACAGAAUGAAAAUGUCAGUCUCGCAUUGCAUGCUUUUAUGAUAACUUUAUGUUGAACAAAUAAGAAACGUUAAUCUUUUAAUAUCGCUAGAGCCAAAUUCAUAUUUUAACUUGAAGAAGUUCGACAAAAGUAACAUAUAAUUUUAAUGUAUCUUUCAAAUAUAAUAAUGCUAUUUUAGAGCCCUAUAUGUUUUAGGCUUAUGAGAUUAGUAAUAUUAGAAUUUUAAAUUAAAUCAAGUUCAACAGAUAGGCCGAGUUUCUUCGUGAAGGUUAAAAAUAUCUUUCUAAUGUUCUCAACUUUUCUUUACUGCAGCUCCAUUUGGCCAAAGUCUGGCAUAAUAACAAUUUUUUUUUUAUUAAUUCACGUUAGGGACAACGCUAGAAUAUUACACUUUUCAACGACUGGUUUAUAUUAAAAUAAUGUUGUUGUUUUUAGUUUACAGAUUACUUUUCUUCUGAGUUACUCCAACUUAACAUCGAAUGUUAAAUGUUACAAUUUUGGACAUUAAUAGAGUUAUUAUUUUUUUUAUUAUUUGAUUAUGCUUUCUUAGCAAUAUUAAAGAGACACAAAAAAAUGACCUCUGGUGAAACAACAAUGAAAUUACAUUAAAUCCUGUGCAUAAUAUUAUGGAAAACUAAAAACCAGAAGAAACAGUAUCCUACCACAGACUGGUUACCCUUUAACACUUGUUUGGCUGAAUUCCUAAAAUUGUACAAAUUAUGUAUUUCAGGUAUUUGUUGUUGUUAUAAAUUCUUAGCAUAGUACGGAAUAUUAAUAUUUAUUUUGG